CAGGCAGUCUGGAAGGCAGCCAGCAGUCAGAUCCACGGAGCUUAAGGUUACAGCGCACGGACGGCAGCUCACAGCGCACCGGGACACGGACGGGGACAGACCUCGACACACCGGGAUAGGGCACAAUAUGGGGGAGUGAUGGCGGCGACAGACUGCUACAUUGUGCACGAGAUCUACAAUGGGGAGAAUGCGCAGGACCAGUUUGAGUACGAGCUGGAGCAGGCACUGGAGGCCCAGUACAAAUACAUUGUGAUUGAGCCCACGCGCAUCGGAGAUGAGACGGCCCGCUGGAUCGCCGUGGGCAACUGCCUGCACAAGACGGCUGUGUUGUCAGGUGCUGCUUGCCUCAUGACGCCACUUUCGCUGCCACCCGAAUACUCGCGCUACGUGGCACUGCCCGCCGGCGCCCUCAGUGUGGCCUGCGCCGCUCUCUACGGGAUUUCCUGGCAGUUUGACCCCUGCUGUAAGUACCAGGUGGAAUAUGACAGCCAAAAACUCUCGCGGCUGCCCCUGCACACGCUCACCUCUUCCACGCCUGUGGUAUUGGUACGCAGGGAUGACAUCCACAGAAAGAGACUCCAUAACACGAUAGCAUUGGCCGCCCUGGCGUAUUGCGCCAAGAAGAUCUACGAACUCUAUGCGGUAUGAGCGCAGUCUGAAGAGGGUUAAGAACCAACAGAAAAAUAAGGAAAAACAACAAAAAAACAGAACCUAUCCAUCCCCAGAAGUAAGCAGAGUGGAAGCCAUGAUCAGGCCCAGGGGUCAGCUCCACACGUGGUGGGCGCUUCCAUUUUGAACUUUUGAUUGAUCAGAGGGAUAUAGUUAAAACUAGAAGGAAUUGUUUUUUCCCUUCCAUUUCUUUUACUUGUAUGUGACAACAACAGCACACUUAUCUCCAUAGUACCCUUGCGCCUCCUCCCCUGCGCCCUCCACCUGCAUCCUUGACACACACCAAGCUAGUGCACAAGGGUAUAGAAGCAGUUCCUGUGGACUGAAUUGUGUUGCGGUUGAAACAGACAGACGUGGUUUGAGUACAUCCAAGCUCUUUGCCCCUUUCCCUCGUAGUUUUACUGUACCCCUUUCUCGCUGAUCAGUACAUCACCCUUUCAUUAAACAUUAGGAUAUUUCAAACUCACCUUUCUGUAUUUUAUUUUACCUUUUUUCAUUAAACGGAUUUCACAUGAUGUCCUGAAAACGGCAAAUAGCAGCACCAUCGUUUGAGACUCUGUCUUGUUCAUGUAGAUUUUCUUGGUCAAAAGGAAGCGAGUGACAUCUGAAGUAGGCAUGGGAUGACAUGAAAAUUUCAUGUCACAAUCCUCGUGGCCAGAAUAAUUGCGAUUCACGAUAUUAUCCUGAUAAUCAUAAAAAUAUACCUAAAACUCUUAAAAUGGCACUGAAACAUACUGGGAUCACUUUACCUUAUAUUUUGUUAAGAAACAAUUUUUUUUAUUGCAUAUAUAAAUCAGGAAAUCAGUAUAAGUCUGUACGUUAGCAAGUUAAACGGCUUUUUGAGUGAAUAUCCUCACGAUUUACAGUUUUACAGUAUUUGGGUGAUGGAAAUUUACCACAAUCAACUUUUUGUGAGUGUUUCUUCAUCCCAGUCUGCGAUAAAACCCUUUAUCCUCCCAUCUCUAAUCCACUGAAGCAACAGUGAAGUGGCUCAAUGUCCUCAUCACUUAAAAAAAAAAAAAAUCACAAACUUUUUAAAUCACUUUUCUCAGAUGUGUAUGUAGAUCGCUUCUAAUGUAUACUGCAUUAACA